CUAACGUAACAAAGAAUUAUUGUAAGAAAAGAAUUGAAGAUGGAAGCUUCAGGUUCGAUAUACAUAUUUGUUUGUGUUAUGCUUGUCUUUCUAGCAGCUUUGAAACGUCUGUCAAGGAAGACAUAUCACAACCUUCCUCCCACUCCAUUUCCCAAACUUCCUAUCAUAGGCCACCUUCACCUCAUUAAACUACCACUACAACGGAGUCUCCACCAAAUUUCUCUUAAAUAUGGCCCCAUUUUCACCCUCCAGCUCGGCGUCCGCCGUGUUGUGGUGGUGUCAUCGCCGUCGGCCGUGGAGGAGUGCUUCACCAAGAACGACGUCGUUCUCGCCGACCGCCCUCGCUCCACGGCAAGUAAUUACCUCAGCUACAACUACACUACCUUAAUCAGCUCCCCCUACGGCGAUCACUGGCGCAACCUCCGCCGCAUUUGCGCGCUGGAGAUCUUCUCCACCAGUCGUCUCAACUCGUUUAAGUCCGUCCGGCAAGACGAAGUCAAGAUUCUGCUGCAGAAAUUGGUUCAAACCUCGCGACAUGGGUUUGGGACAGUUGAUCUGAAAUCUAAGUUUUCCGAACUGUCUUUUAACAUCAUAUUGAGGAUGACUUCUGGAAAACGGUACUUUGGUGUGGAUGAAGACGACAAGGAGGCUAUGGAGUUCAGGGAGCUUAUAAAAGAGGCGUUUAUGAGCGGAGGAGAGGUCUUGGAUUCUCUGCCAUUUUUAAGGUGGAUAGGUUACAAGAAUGUGGAGAAGAAUAUGAAGAAGCUGAGUGAAAGGUUGGAUUCAUUCUUGCAAGGACUAGUUGAUGAGCACCGCCAUGACAAGAGCCGAAACUCCAUGAUUGAUCAUUUGCUGUCACUGCAAGAAUCACAACCAGAAUAUUACACAGAUGAAAUCAUCAAAGGGCUUAUGAUGGUGAUGCUGCUAGGUGGAACAGACACCUCAGCAGUGACAAUGGAGUGGGCAAUGGCCAUUUUGCUUAACCACCCAAGGGUGAUGGACAAAGCCAGAGUUGAGAUUGAUAAUCUUGUGGGACAAGAGCGCGCGAUUGAAGAAGAAGAUUUGCCUAAGCUGAAAUACCUGCAGAAUAUUAUUUUAGAGACAUUUCGGCUGUUUUCAUCUGCACCAUUACUAGUACCCCACUGCUCAUCUGAUGACUGCAAGAUUGGGGGAUAUGACAUUCCACGUGGCACAAUGUUGUUGGUGAAUGCAUGGGCCAUUCACAGGGACCCCAAGCUGUGGGAUGACCCCACAAGCUUCAAGCCUGAGAGGUUUGAUAAUGGUGAUGAGGUUGAGUCAACCAAGCUGUUACCCUUUGGAAUGGGGAGGAGAUCAUGUCCAGGUUCUGGACUUGCUCAGAGAGUUGUGGGAUUGGCUUUGGGAUCACUGAUACAGUGUUUUGAGUGGCAGAGAGUUGGGGAAGAAGAUGUUGAUUUGACUGAAGGGAAUGGAUUCACUGCACCUAAAGCAGAGCCGCUUGUGGCCAUGUGCAAAGCCAGAGGUUUUGCUCAUAAAAUUCUGUCACAAAACUCCUAGAAAAUAUUUCUGUAGCUAAUAAAGUAGAAGAAUAGAUAAUGAUUAUGUAUGUAGACUGUAGAGGAAGUUAUCAUCAUCAAACUAAUAAAAGAACCUUCACUUCA